GUGUGUGUGUCCUGGCUGCAGCCUGGCUUGUGCUGUGGACCCGAUGAAGAACCCAGAAGCUGCACAGAGCCUUCGGCUGGUGGGCCUGCUGGAGGCCGCUCUGCUGCGAGAGGCUCGUCUCUGGAAGGUUCCGGUCUUCAAAAAUGGAUGCGUUCAGGGCACUGACAUCUCUUCAGUCCAACACCAGCAAGUGAUCCGCUGGCUUGGAGAAAUGAGCAGGAUGUUCCAGUUUUGUCCAGAGACUUAUGCACUGGGAGUGUGUGUCCUCAACAGACUGUUGUCCACUGUCAAGGCUCAAUCAAAAUACCUGAAAUGUAUUGCUUUUACCUCGCUGGUCCUGGCUGCCAAAGUCAAUGAGGAAGAUGAGGUUGUGGGUUCUGUUAAAGACCUGGUUGUUCGGAGUGGAUGCAACUUUUCGACAGCGGAGAUUCUUCGCAUGGAGAGGAUCAUUCUGGACAAGCUGCACUGGGACUUAUACACAGCAACACCAGUUGACUUCAUUCACAUUUUCCACGCCCUGCUCGUCUCCGGCCACCCCAGCCUCGUUCCGUCCAUCAGUCUCGGCUGCGGCGUCGACUCCAUCGCGGACCCCCRCAUGCUCCCUGUUGAUCCCAGGCAUCAGAAGAGGCCCCCGGGCCUCCAGGUGUCGCUGUGGACCAGGCAGGUGCAGCACUGUAUGGCCUGCCACCAGCUCUGGCAGUUCAAAGGCUCCACGUUGGCCUUGGCCAUCAUCACUUUGGAGCUGGAGGCGCUCACGCCCGACUGGUUCGCUGUCUUCACCGACCUACUGAAGAAAGCACACAUCGAUAGUGUCAAGUUCAUCCACUGUAAAGAGAUCGUGGACGAGUACCUACACAGUCUGGAGUUCGCYCUGCCGAACAACUCUGUCUACAUCCUCGACGGCUGUCAGAUUCAGGGGCAGCAAGUCCAGAGCCCCUCGCUGUGCCACGGGCUGGCCAGAAGGGGGCGCAGCGGCAGCGAACAAGACUUGGAUGACUACUGUGAUGGUUUUAGACGUCUGUAUAGAGAGGAGACGCAUCCAGAGGAGGGUCUGUUUGCAUCGGAGCAAAAAGGCGUCUCCCCGUGUCCUCCGCUGCACCCUGCUGUCAACUAGCAGGAAGUCUCUGAGCAAUAAAUGCACAGCUGGAUCAUGUGAACUCGUGUAUCCAGAGGAUUUUAAAGCAGUUGGUCAUGAGAUUACUUUUUUUUUUCCUUUUCAAGUUUUCACCCAUCUGAAACGGUUCAGUAAUAAAAGCUUUUUUUAUGUUUGUAACGUAUCUUGGUGCUCAGGUUCCUCCUCAGAGCCACAAAGCACUUUAAGAGACUAGCUUUUUGAGAAGGAAAAAAAACCUUUUUUAUUCUUUGUAAUUUCUACUAAACGUUUUAGUUAAGUGUUUUUAUUUACCACUUAUUUACAAAAGCUUUACUCUUCUGACUAAAUGAUGCAAAUGUUUUUAUUCUGUACUUCAGUGUGUUUUUUACUUUAUGCAACUAUGCUUACAUAUCAAAGCACCUUUGGGAGAUUAGUUCAACACUAGAGCAGAAUAGCUAAAUGUGUUUAAAAUUGUGAAAUUAGCAUUCGUAAUGGCAUUAUUUUUUAGGAUUUCYAAUUAAAAUGUUCAUGAGCACAAAUAAUGUGACUGGAAAUUUGGGAAAA